AUGGCCACCCAUCAUGGUACAAGUGGCACCCUCAUCUUGAUCAUCUGCUGUCCAGCGAUGUGGCUUAGUAAACAACUGGCCGUCCCGCGGAUUUCCCGUGAGACUUUGGUCGCCAGCGACUGGUCAUCCCUGGCAGUCCAAGCACAGGAGUAUCACCACAGGCAAGAGAAAGUUCCUGAUGAAUUGUGGGUCCGUAUGAUCGAGGAGCGCAUGCAGCUUGAAGACUGCCUUUGCAACGGCUGGAUUCUUGAUGGGCUCCCUGAGACCCGAGAACUUGCACGGACCUUCCAGGCAAUGGGUAUCAUUCCCAAGCAUAUUGUGGUGCUGUAUGCUCCAGACGUCGUGCUGAUAGAGAGAAACCUGGGGAAAAGAGUCGAUGCCGUUACUGGAGAGGUCUACCAUACCACGUUUGACUGGCCGACCGAUGAGACCGUACUCCGGAAUCUGAAGAAGCCGGACGGUCUGUCCGAAGCGGAGACCUCGAGGCGGCUGCUGGAAUAUCACCGGAACUAUUACGGGAUUCUCCAGUCCUUUGGGGAGCAGAUGAAACUGAUCAACGCCGACCAGCCGUGUCCCGACGUCUUCUUGCAAGUUCUGUCCCACGUCCAAGUUCCACCUCGAAUAGCUGCCCCGUUUUCGCCCCGGAUUCUCCUCUGUGGACCCCCAGGCUCUGGAAAGAGUUUACAGGCGGCGCUGUUAGCUCAGAAAUAUGGCAUCAUCAAUGUUUGCUGCGGGCAAAUCUUAAAGGAAGCUGUAGCCGACGACACGAAGCUCGGAGAACUCAUUAAGCCGUAUUUUGACAACGGAUGGCCAGUUGCAGACAACAUCGUUGUGAAGUUGCUUUCGGAGCGGUUGAACACUCUGGACGCCCACAUCCAUGGCUGGGUGCUCCAUGGAUUCCCAAGAGAUGAGGAUCAGGCGAAACUGAUGGCCCACUGGGAUAUCCACCCCAACAGGGUGUUUUUCCUGAGCCUUUCAGCUGACACCAUUCUGGAGCGCCUGUCCUACCGUACGGUGGACCCCAUCACUGGGGAAAGAUACCACACCUUGUACAAACCUGCACCCACCGAGGAAGUGAAUGAUCGUCUCCUCGUCCACCCCAAGAAUACGGAAGACGCUGUGAAGCUCAAGGUGGACGCCUACUUUAGGCUUGCUGGCGACCUGGAGAAUUUCUUUGAAGAUGCUGUUGUUAUCAAUGCCGACCAAGAUCCCCAGACCAUCUUUGAGUACAUAGAAAGUUAUAUCGUGAACCCACUUUCUAAGACCCAGAAAGAUCUCUGAGUACACAGCGAGUUGGGGUUCUUGACAGGAGGGAAAUCUCAUCCAACACUGAACCUCGAGUAUGAGUUGGAAGCAUUUUCAUCAAACUUCCUAGGCAAUUGUCCACUGUUGUUUUAAGCCAAGUGAAGUACGUACAUGUAAGUAUGCACCAAGGGACCCAAUCCCCCCCGCUCUACCAAUGAAUUUGGGUUUUUCCCCAAGUUUAUGCUUUGCAAGAGACGUUCGAAGCAUUAGCCUUCUUGAUAACCAAGUUGACAGGAAUUUUGGAUCUUACUAAUCUCAAGAAGUUUCAGGAGGAAGGAAGGAAACCUCACUUCAUGCUCUCUUGUCUUGGUGAGUGUUCAGGAAAAAAAUGCGUCUGAUUUCCUUUUGUGAUCCUUGUCUUGGUUUGAAGGGGUCUAGGAGAGAGAAUUAAAAGGUUUUGAACGGCACCGGUUCUGCGUUAAGAUCCCUCGGUUGCAUCUCUUGCAAUGUCUGCUCAUCUGCACUAGAGGGGAGGGCAGUUGGGAGCGUCUGGAUGUGGGUAAGGGGAAAGGAAGACCGUUUCCCAUUUAAAAGUCGUGCUAAACAGUAAUAAAAACUGACAGCAGAAGGGGCAGCUCUGGAAACUGCCCUUUAAGAAGGAUGCCAACCAACUGGAGCCAGU